CCCUCAAGCCCAACCAUGGGUCUGAGGCGGUUACUCUCUGUUCUGCGCUCCGGCCUACCCCGCCGCACCCCGCUGUCUACGGCGCCGGCGACUCGCGAGCAGCCUGCCGCGGGACCGGAAGCCGAGCGGGGACGUGGGGCGGCCGAGGUCGCGCGCCCCCCAGUACCCGCUGUAGACUUCGGCAACACGCAGGAGGCGUACCGGAGCCGGCGCAGCUGGGAGCUGGUGCGAAGCUUGCUGGUGCUGCGCCUUUGCGCCUCUCCAGCUCUGCUGGCGCGCCACGAUCAGCUGCUCCAUCUCACCAGGAGGCUUCUGGGGCAAAGGCUGUUUGACAAACUGAUGAAGAUGACCUUCUAUGGGCAGUUUGUGGCUGGCGAGGACCAGGAGUCCAUCCGGCCCCUGAUUCGGCAUAAUAGGGCCUUCGGUGUAGGCUCUAUCCUGGACUACAGCGUGGAGGAGGACCUGACCACCGAGGAGGCUGAGCGCAAGGAGAUGGAGUCCUGUACUUCGGCAGUGGAGAGGGAUGGCCAUGGCACCAGUAAGAGGGAGAAGCAGUUCCAGGCCCACCGGGCGUUUGGAGACCGCAGGGACGGCGUCGUCAGUGCCCGCACCUACUUCUACGCCAACGAGGCCAGGUGCGAUGGCCACAUGGAGACGUUCCUGCGCUGCAUCGAGGCAUCAGGUGGAGCCAGCGAGGAUGGCUUCUCAGCCAUUAAGCUCACAGCGCUGGGGAGACCUCAGUUUCUGCUGCAGUUCUCAGAUGUGCUGACCAAGUGGAGAAGGUUCUUCCACCAAAUGGCUGCAGAGCAGGGCAAGGCGGGGCUGGAUGCCAUGGACACGAAGCUGGAGGUGGCUGCACUGCAGGAAAGUGUGGUAAAGAUGGGCAUCGCGCCCAGGACUGAGAUUGAGAACUGGUUCACCGUGGAGACCCUGGGCGUGUCUGGCACCCUGGACCUGCUGGACUGGGGCAGCCUCAUCGACAGCAGGACCGAGCUCUCCAAGCACUUGGUAGUCCCCAACAUGCAGACGGGACAGCUGGAGCCUCUGCUGUCACAGUUCACGGAGGAGGAGGAGCAGCAGAUGACGAGGAUGCUGCAGAGGAUGGAUGUCCUGGCCAAGAAAGCCAGCGAGGCAGGCGUGCGGCUGAUGGUGGACGCAGAGCAGACCUACUUCCAGCCAGCCAUCAGCCGCCUAACUCUGGAGAUGCAGCGCAGAUUCAACGUGGAGAAGCCACUCAUCUUCAACACGUACCAGUGCUACCUGAAGGACGCCUAUGACAAUGUCACCCUGGACGUGGAGCUGUCUCGUCGAGAGGGGUGGUGUUUUGGGGCCAAGCUGGUGCGCGGUGCAUACAUGGCCCAGGAACGUGCCCGCGCCCUAGAGAUUGGCUACGAGGACCCUAUCAACCCCACGUAUGAGGCCACCAAUGCCAUGUACCACAGGUGCCUCAACUAUGUCCUUGAGGAGCUGAAGCACAAUGCCAGGGCAGCAGUGAUGGUUGCCUCACACAACGAGGACACUGUGUCCUUCACGCUGCGCAGGAUGGAGGAGCUGGGCCUGCACCCCGCCGAUCGCCAGGUGUACUUUGGACAGCUUCUGGGCAUGUGCGACCAGAUCAGCUUCCCGUUGGGCCAGGCUGGCUUCCCCGUGUACAAGUACGUGCCUUAUGGCCCCGUGAUGGAGGUGCUGCCCUACCUGUCCCGCCGAGCCCAGGAGAACAGUGGUGUCAUGAAGGGUGCUCAGCGGGAGCGGCAGCUGCUGUGGCAGGAGCUCAGGAGGAGGCUCUGGACAGGCAGCCUCUUCCACCGUCCAGCCUAGCACCGCGUCCCUGCCUCUCGACGCCUCCUCACCUGGGCCGUAACCUCCAAGGGCCCCCAGGCUGACCCCGGCCUCACAGAUUCACCUUUCACAUCUAAAACUGUGAGACCCCAGUGGCCCCUGGCCAGGUUGUGGGCACCCAGGUGUGGCUGAGCCAAUACCUGCCAGAGCCUCUAGGAAUCCUUAGGAACUGUCUUUUAAUGAGCGAGCACGGCUGCAUCUCUGCCCACCCCCAUGAACUUGGACCUGAAGAACCGCUUUCUGUAGGAUCCAACUCAAGCACAGGUGGGCAGCAGCAGGCUGGGAAAGCUGCCCUGUCAAUAAACCACUAUUUCUGCAGCUAAGA